AUGAGUCGGCUGCCGGAUCACCCAACUGGCGAUCACGCGGGCUUCAAUAGAGACGGCCUCUCGAAUGCAACCUCUCCUGGUAACGGAAAGAGCGCUGGCGGGGAUAUGGAUCAUGCCACGGCUGUUGUCAUGCCGACUGCCGAGGCUCCCAAAAAGAAGAAACGCCCCAAGAAGAAGUCCUCCGUUCUACAGGCAAAGUUGAACUACUUGGCGGGCGCUAUUGGUCAAGUUGGCACUGUCAUUGCUGUCCUGACAGUCCUAAUCCUCUUCAUUAAAUUUGCUGUGGAGACUUAUUACAUUCGAGGCGAACCCUGGAAUACUCAAGUUCAUCUCAAGCAGUUCAUUCACUUCGUAAUUAUCGGCGUCACUGUGCUGGUUGUGGCUGUCCCAGAGGGCCUUCCUCUCGCC